CUCAAAAGCCGUUGCGUUGGAAGCAGUAUUUGGCCGGCUGCACUUGUUAUUGCCUUGAUGCAGGUUGAAUAAUGAUAAUUUUUGCUACUCUUUGAUUCUACCGUUAAAUUGACUUUUUACCAGAGAUCAGCCCUUCAAGAUGCCGUUGACAUUUUGCCCGAACUGCAGUAAUGCACUGACGAUUUCUCGCGCGGAUCCUUCUCCCCAGUAUCCUCUGGGAGUCAACCGGUUCGAAUGUCGCACCUGCCCGUACCAAUAUGCCCUGGAUAAGGAUUGGUUUGAUAAAACCGAUAUGAAACAGAAAGAAGUCGAGGAUGUUUUUGGGGGCAAGGAGGAGUUUGCCAACGCAGACAGCAUGGCUACUCAAUGCCCCGCGGAAGACUGCAAUGGGGACCGUGCAUAUUUCUUCCAGCUGCAAAUUCGGAGUGCAGACGAGCCUAUGACUACGUUCCUUAAGUGUACCUCAUGCGGUGCCAGAUGGAGAGAAAACUAGAUGUGCUUCACACCAUGGAGAUUUACACACAAUUUACUCGAAUCGAAGCUUCAAGAAACAACGAGCGAUAAAACAAAAGCAUGGCGAUAUGAUUAUUCUGGUAAUAAUUUUUUUGGUGAUACGUGUGUUGCGGAUUUGCGAUAGCCUUAUCCAUAGCUUAAAGAUACCCCUCAAUUAAAAUUUGUUGAUUACUACCGACUA